AUGAAAUCGUUAAAGCCAAUUCAACUUCCGGAGCCACCCAGCCCCACCGCCGCCGGAGCCACUCCCGACAUCUUCCAAUCCGGCGCUCACACCCUCCUCCGCCGCGCUCUCGUCAUCGGCAACGGUUUCCCUUCCUCCGAAAAUCACUGCAUCGGUUUGCUUCGCGUCCUUGGCCUCUCCCAUUUCCAUCUCUUUUACCGAGUUACGAGGCCCAAAGGAGGAAUCAAUGAUUGGCUUCAAUGGCUUCCCCUCUCUCUUCAUAAGAAAAUCCAUUAUCUAAUUUCCAUCUUCGUGCCUUUUCUUACAAAUCUCACUGAUGUCAACCAUAUAGUCAAUUUGGCUCGCCAAACUUAUGAAAAGGAGGGACCGUUAUUGGUGGUUGCAUCUGGAAGAGACACUGUUUCGGUUGCGAGUUCCAUAAAACGUUUAGCAUCUGACCAUGUUUUUGUUGUUCAGAUACAACAUCCGAGGUUGCAUCUGAAUAGGUUUGAUAUGGUGAUUACGCCUCAUCACGAUUAUUAUUAUCCUUUGACUCCGGAAGCACAGAAGCAGGUUCCUAAGUUUCUUCGACGGUGGAUAAGUCCACGCGAGCCUCCUGAGUCAUGUGGUAUGUAUCAUGUUCUGACCUUGGGAGCCUUACAUCAAAUAUAUUUUGCUUCACUUCGCAGUGCUGCCAUUACAUGGCAUGAUGUGUUUGCACACGUUCCAAGGCCCUUGCUCGUGGUCCACAUUGGAAGACCAACAAAAAACUGUCGAUAUGGUGCUGAUCUAGGAAAGCCAUUAGCAACAUCUUUGCUCAGUGUUCUUGGUAGUUGUGGGAGUGUAAGAAUAUCCUUCUCAGAGAGGACGCCACAAAAGGUGUCCAAUAUUAUAGUGAAAGAACUUGGGAAUAAUCCAAAAGUUUAUAUUUGGGACGGGCAAGAACCUAACCCACAUAUUGGGCAUCUAGCUUGGGCCGAUGCAUUUGUUGUCACAGCAAAUUCAGUUAGCAUGAUAAGUGAAGCUUGCAGCACUGGAAAGCCUGUGUAUAUUAUGGGAGCUGAGCGUUGCAGAUGGAAGUUCACAGAAUUCCACAAAUCGUUGAGAGAACGGGGAGUUGUUAGGCCUUUUACAGGGUCUGAGGAUAUAUCAGAAAAUUGGAGCUACCCACCCCUUAAUGACACUGCCGAUGCAGCAAAACGGGUUCAUGAAGCGCUUGCUGCCCGAGGAUGGAAACUGAAGAUAUAG